CCGAAGAGAUGGUCGUGCGCUCUGUGCGAUAUUUCCCAGAAACUUUUUGUCAUUUCAUAGGUGCCAAUGACGUUUCAUGUUUUCGUCCUUGGUCAUUGAUUCAUACCAAAUUUUAAAUCAAAUCGUGCGCACGUACGUGAUAAAAUGAUUUUUUAAAAAAAUAUGAUAAAGACUUCAAAGGCAGGGGUAAGGAUCGCCAUCAUAUAUUUAUAUACCUCUGUGGAACAGAACAGCUGUCAAUUUUCUACAAUCAACAAGUGCCCUGUGUAGUGCAAUUGAGUGCAAUCUACUCGUAUAAUGUGUACACAGCAGCUACUUUAAAUAUGCCCUGAUGCAGUUUAAAAUAUAUUCAAUAAUUUUUAUUGCUGAUUAUAAUUUUCACAUUUUUUAAUUAAUUAAUUAAUUUUAAUACACAUUUUUAUAAAUACAAAAUGACUGACCAACAAAUUCAAGAAUUAAGGAAUGCAUUUCUGCAAAAACUUGAAAAGGAUGGAGCAGCAGAUGUCGGUGGAUUUCAUGAGGCCGAUCUUAAUCGUGUGAAAAACACUGACAAAUGGUUGAAGCGAUUUCUUGAGCACAAUGAUUAUGAUUUAAAUCUAUCAUUGUCCAUGCUCUGGGAUACUUGUGAAUGGAGAAAACAAUUUGGCACAAAUGAUAUAUCAGAAAGCAAUAUAAAAAUGGAUAUUAUUCAUGAUGGGGGCUUCUUUAGUCAUGGCCGUGAUAUUGAUGGUAAAGCGUUAUUAAUUUUUAAAAGUAAAAAACAUGUUAAAGGUCAAAAGGAUAUUAAUGAUUUGAAAAGAUGUCUUGUUUAUUGGCUAGAUAGACUAGAAAGAGAAGAGAAUGGUGAUUUGAUCACGAUUUUCUUUGAUAUGGCAGACACAGGGUUAAAUAAUAUGGACAUGGAUUUCACAAAAUAUAUUAUUAGCUUAUUUAAACAAUACUUCCCACACUUUUUAAAUUACAUUGUAAUUUUUGAAAUGCCGUGGAUAUUAAAUGCUGCAUUUAAAGUUAUUAAAGCUUUACUACCAGCUAAAGCGGUGGCAAAAAUGAAGUUUGUUAACAAGUCUACUUUGAAGGAAAUUGUGUCACCGGAGCAAGCAUUAGUUUGUUGGGGUGGUCGUGAUCCUUAUGAGUUCAGUUUUGUUUCUGAAAUCAGACAGGAUAAUAUUUAUAAUCCACAGUCCAAAAUGCUUCAAGCCGGAGACAUACCAUCAAAUAAGAAGGUUCAUUUUGCAGAAGGAUCUCCGACCGCAGAUACCGCCGAAAGCCUGGAAGAUAAGAAUGGUGGCGAAAUGCUCCACGUGACUCCAGUUGAUACUAUCACAUUCCAAAAAGAUGGCAACGAAAUGGUUGGUACGAUUACUAUUACAAACAAAGACACUGGCACCAUUACGUAUAAGAUUAAAACCACAUCUCCGGAGAAGUUUCGUGUUCGUCCAAGCACUGGACCUCUAGCACCAGGCGCUUCGGUUUCUAUAACAGUGACAUUACAUGCAGGUUAUCAUUCUACGGGUUUUGCUAAGGACAAGUUUUUAGUCAUGGGUAUUGCUUUACCUGCUGAGGGUCAAGGCGAAAUGAGCGCUCAAGAAUUGGGAGAAAUUUGGAAGAAUCCUAGUAAUUAUAAUGUGGAACAACAUAGACUGAAAUGCAUUUUACCUGGACUUCCAGAAAAUGCUAAAAAUGGCGGUAUUUUAAAUUCAGAACCUGAUUCUAAACAAAAUAUGAGCCAAGUGCUAGCCAAGUUGACACAAUUAGUAGAGAAUAACAAUAAACUUCAAGCGCAAGUUAAUUUUAUCCAGAGCUUGCAAUGGGUUUUGAUGGUUUUACUUCUUUUAUUUGCUGCUAUAUUUUUGUACACAAUAAAAAAUCAGUCGGAAGUCAAUAGUGAAAAUCACUGCAUGAAAUAUUAGAUGAUAAACAUAUCCUUGGGGUUGUCAAGAAAUAUACACCCUGUAUAUUUUUCUAUCUAAGAAUAUAAAAAUCAGUAUAUAUUAAGUGCAAUAA